UUAUGUGAAAUUGUUAGUUUCAAAUUCCUUCCAUUUGAUAUCAGGUCUAUUAAACUAACUAUGUACAAUUUCAGCACAAAUUUGGAGAUGUGACGUUGUAUCUCUAACAGUCACUUUACAAAAUAUGUAACACAAAAUAUGAAUGCUCUGAAGGCAGGAAAAACAAUUGGUACAACAUGUAUUUUAUCCCUUGAAAUAGCAAAAAAGUGAGAAUUUUUGACAAACUGUUUUUAUUCUCAUACUUUGAAUAACAGUACAUGAAGCUGUUCAAAUGUGACAUUUUAUGGCAUCUUUAUUAAGUCAAGAUAGUUGUUUAAAUUUAACUGAAUGUCGUUGUAAAAGGGGAUAAAAUUGUGCACUAAGUUUUGCCUUUUACUUUGACAUAUCAAAUGGUAUCUUGGAGAAGGCUGGAUUUACAAGUAUGUAUUUUUUACUUUUACAUGGCUAGACAGAAACAUGUAUAAGAUACAAGUGAUUUUAGUUGAGGUAUAACCUGACGCCUUUGACUUGUGGAAAAAGAAUCAAUUGGAUGUAAGAAGUUCUUGUGUAUAAAGUGCUUGUUAGAAAGUUGUCCACAAGAUGUCACUGUGUAGGAUGGAGUGUUUACCUCAGAACUUUAUUUUGAAAGCACUAGUCGUCCAUCUUGACUUCCUGUUUAAGAGGAAGUACUGGCUGAGCAUGUGGGCGUGUGCUUAAAACCAGCAGGUAACUCUCAUUCACACUUGUGCUCUUGUGAGGUGCAGGCUGAAGAAAUGGCAGCAUCAUCUUCUACUACAGUCAGUGAGUUGAUUGCGCAGGUCACAGGUAGCUGUCAGGGGACUUCCCCAUAUCAAAAAUGGAAGAGUUUGAAGGUUAAGAUACUUGGUAGCCGUAGAAUGACGAAAUGCCUAGAGUUUAUCUUUGAUGGGACUGAAGUUAGUGUGGGCCGUGAGAAGGUGACGUCUUCUUUUGCUGCUGCAGACGAAACAGGAAUGUUAAAAAUAACUGUGGACGAUCAGUUCUUUUCUGAGAUAGGUGUCCGUCUGGAGGAGAACAAAACGUACAUUUUAAAAAACUAUGGCGUAGUGAGUGUUGGUGGAGGGAGCGCUCAAAUUUAUUUAAGGUCUUCCUCCAAAAUAUACCGGUCUGCGCAAAUAGUCAUCGCCGACGACAUGACAGGGAAAGCUGCAGAAGUUCUGCAGCCCAAGUCUCCCAAAAAAACUCGACUGGAGGAUAUGGGUACUGGCGGCCUAUUCACGGUCCAAGGAAGGGUUACUUCGGUGUCGGCAAUACGACGAGUUGACCGAACAGACGGUCCAAUUCCAAUCAGAGACCUGGAAUUAAGCGUCGAAGAUGGGAGUAUAGUGCCAGUGGCCUUAUGGCGAGAGGCAGCGCUUCAGGACGUAACAGCCAAUACAUUCGUCUCCAUCUCCCACUGCCGCAUGACCAAACACGCGUCGUUUGGGAGCAAAGCAUCAUCGACAAACUAUACAGAAAUCCAGGAGGUGUCUACACCUGUCAGAAAGGUCUCCAUCACAGUCAAUGGCAUGUGCGUUAUUGACAACGAAGUGCUGAUCAACACCAUCCAAGGAGGGGAACUGAAAACUUCCAUCGAUAUCGUCAAAGAAAUGGCUCAUGUGGUGGAGGUUGAAGAGAUAUAUGAUCUCUUGCCUUUAAAGGUGGAUGUGUCUCUGGAAGGCGACAACAUUGUAGAAGUUCACAAGUAGAUCUUUUGAACAUACUGUUGCACCAGCCCUUAGGAAAAAGUAGCACAUCCCUUAGGUGACCUGGGGAAGUUUAAUGUCUGUUAAGACAACAACAGCUUAACAGCUGUGCACAUUCUACCAAAUUGUUUUAUUUUUUGUGUGUAACGCCCUUUCAGGCAACAAAAACCUGACAGCUCUGUAGAUUUUAGAAGUGUGUGUGUUUUUUUUGUUCUGUGUGCAUAAUUUUAACCUAGAAAUAGUUCUGUAAGACAUGUAUGUAUAUGUAUAUUUAUAAAUAUACAUUUAUAUCUACCUCUCUGUCUCUCUAUAUAUAUAUUUAUAUAUAUGUAUAUACCCUGAAAACAGAGCUUUUUUAAAACAAUUUGUUUGUUCUCUUUCUCACUUCUGAGAUUAAAGAUUUUUGUAACACUUUUUCCUUGUGUUAACAUUAUUAUACAGUGGAAGAGUUCUCUGUGAGGUUCCAUUUAGCUAAGCUUAUAGCACAAGUGCUUAUUUUUGGUUCUCCCAUAGGUACAGUAAGCCAAAGAAUGAUUAGAUUUAUUAUCAGAACGGUCUCAGGUUGGAACUAGUCUAAAGCAUGUGUUGUUUCUUUCACUGUUGGGUAGUACA